AUGGACGAGUCGCAUAACUCCGACGAAGAAUUGCUGGCUUUGCUUCAGCCCCUGACGACGCCAGAUGAGUUCACCUUCGAGAGGCGGCUCCGUCAUUUCGCCGAUUCGUCCGAUGACGAUGUCGAUCAAGAGCCAAUUCCAGGGCCAGCGCCGCCUGCUCCCAUGGCUCCCAUGGCUCCCAUAACCACUGUGGCUCCUGUGGCCCCUAUGGCUCCUGCGGCGCCGAUGAAAGAGCCUAAUGGUGUUGCGAGCUUGCCGCCACCCGAAACGAACGGGCAUAAGGAGGACGAGAUCGGAGAGGCGCAGGACGAUGACGAGAUAGAGUAUGAGGCACCGAAACCCGCCCGCAAGAGCCCAGCCAAACGUCCAACCAGAAGCCGCGCAAAGCCCGUGCAAAGAAAGGAGGGCGGCGCCGAGUCGCCCUACGAGAGCGCUGCAGAACUCUUGAAGAGGUUCGCCACGUCUUCAGCCAAGAAGCGAGCCGAGUCCAAGUCAGACCCGGAAGACGACGUCGAAGUAGACGGUGGAAGUCAAGUCAAACCCGGGAAGAGGCAUACAAGGCGGUCGACCGGGGAGUCUACGGAUCUGGAGGCAGAAUCGCCAUCGGGAGGUUGGAAUUUUGAAGUCGUGAUCAAACCUUUGUCACCUUCAGCAACUCAAGAGUAUACCAAAGUGCCCCCGGGUGACGAAAUAUACCGUGUGUUGGAGGUUAUCAAAACAGAUGUUCCUCGGGAAUCGUGGCUGUUGGUGGAAUUUGAGGACGGCCGUGUAGACCAGAUCGCUUUUGACCAGCUUUCGAGCUAUCCAAACGGGCGUCAAGCUCUUGCGCACUUCAAAAAGCCAAAGACCAUGGAUUCUGAUCCAGACGAUUAUCAGAACAUUGGCUUCACAGGACGUCCAAAGAAGCGCAAGGCUUCUACCCAGGACCCUGACUACGAGGGCAAUGCAGACGCUGAUGAGGACGAGGCCAUGAUAGAUGCCUAUGAGGACGAUAUGGACGACGAUGACGAUGUCCCACUACAUCCUGGUCACCGUCGCAUCAAACAGAAGCUACGGAACAGCUCGUUUGGUCCCUCUUCUCGGACACGUGGCAGCGACCGUAAUCGGCUGUUCCAGCCACAGGUCAACUACAAUGAAGACGGCAACCAGUCCGGCGAUGAGUCCGACAGACAAGGCAGGAAUAAGCGGAGCUUGCGAAAGACUACUAAUCUUCUUCGGUCCAAGACGUCGUCUUCAAUAUUUGAGGAUGAUGUUGACGAACUCCAGAAUGAGGACGACGACGAUGGCGUGUUCAUGGUCAAGUCAGACCUCGUACCUGAGAGAAAGUCACGAAGACGUGGUGGCAAUACUCGAGGUCUUCGUCGCGGCAGACCCUCGCUCUUUGCCAAUCGGGAUGAUGAUGACAUCACUUUCGAGCCACCUCGGCGUUCGGACAGAAAGAACAAGACCAAUGUCGUGAUGGCUGAAGUCGGAUGGGAGGAGGAGACUUACGCCCCCGAAGAUGACAAAAUCCCAGCAGCUCCGAGGGUGUCUGGAGCUAAAGAAGCCUUCACGUCAAUCUCGGAUGGUCCGUUCAAACAGUCGCACUGCAACACAUGCGAUACCUGUGGCAAUGGUCCCGUUGCCCCAAAUAAAGGCAUCAUGGUCUACUGUCAGGGCUGCGCAAUGGCUUACCAUAAGACCUGUCUUGGGUUCCGCAGCACUCGAGACCAUCUCGUGACAAAGGUUGGACCGGAACAAUUCGUCCUACAGUGUCGGCACUGCAUUGGUGUUCGCAAGAAGAAAGAUAUCCGCGCUCCGAGCCUGGAAAUCUGCCAAGUUUGCCGGACUAAGGGUCAGGCAUGCGAUCCUUUCGCACCCAAGCGCACGGCUGUGCAAGAGCAGAAGCUGCGCGAAGAGAACGGCGGAGAGGACCCGAUUGUCCCAGUGGACCGAGAGCUCAUUAACAACGCUGCCAACGUCCUCUUUCGGUGCAUCGCUUGUCACUGCGCUUACCACUUCGAGCACCUUCCCUCGCCUAACAACCAUAGAAUCGUUGGAGGCGAUGUUCGAGCUGAUCGCUUGGCCAAGUAUUCCCUCCACUGGAAAUGCAACAAUUGCCUUGACAUGCCGAACAAGGUCGACACCCUCGUGGCCUGGCGGCCUAUGGACCGUGAUUCUUACGUUGCUGGCCAGACUACCCUGGAUCUGGUAGAAGAUGCCAAGGAGUAUCUCGUCAAGUGGGCGUCUCAGUCAUAUGCCCACUGCGAGUGGAAGCCCGGCCCUUGGGUCUGUGGAGCGACCAAUGGGGUAAUGCGCAAUGCCUUUCCCAAGCGCAACGACGGCGCGAACCUGCUGCCAAAAUUCGAUGAGAGGGACGCGAUUCCCGAGGAAUAUCUUCUUGCGGACGUUGUUCUAGACGUGCGAUACAAAGGCACCUUCAAGUUUGAAUCGAAGAAGACCGAUUUGGACAAGGUUUUUAUGAUAGACCAAGCCCUGAUCAAGUUCGAAGGCCUGGACUACGUUGACGCUGUUUGGGAUGAGCCUCCGGCCCAUGACUCUGGCCUUCGCUGGGACGCGUUUCUCUCGGCUUACAACGAGUUCCUCAAUGGCAAGCACUUCAAGUCUGAGCCCGUGAGCAACAUCAAGGAACGUCUUCGGAAAUUUCGACACCUAAAUUUUGACAAGGACGUCGCUUUUGAGGACGGCACGAACCCACCACCAACCCAGCCUAAAGGAUUGAGGGAAGGCAACACUUUGAUGAAGUAUCAAAUCCAGGGCCUCAACUGGAUUCUGAAUAGCUUCUAUGAGGAGCGCAGUGCCGUCCUGGCCGAUGAAAUGGGCUUGGGAAAGACGAUCCAGGUCAUCAGCUUGAUGGCGGCCAUCAGCCUGCAGGGUCCUCGGGCCUGGCCAUGGCUUAUUGUUGUUCCCAACUCGACCUGUCCAAAUUGGCGGAGGGAAAUCAAGAAGUGGGCCCCAGACAUGCGUGUAGUAUGCUACCAUGGUGGCAAGGAGCCGCAGCGUCUGGCAUACAAGUACGAGCUGUUUCCCAACGACUCGAAAGAUAUGAAAGCCCAUGUCGUCAUCAUGUCAUACGACUCCGCCCAGGACGAUCAGACCAGAACUCUUUUCAAAAACGUCCAGUGGAUCGGUAUGGUUGUCGAUGAGGGCCAACGGCUCAAGAACGAUGAGAACUUGCUGUACGGCGCGCUGCGUUCGAUGAGGGUCCCAUGGCGGCUGCUCCUCACCGGCACGCCGCUUCAAAACAAUAAGCGUGAACUUUUCAACCUUCUCCAGUUUAUCGAUCCGUCCAAGAACGCCGUGCGCCUCGACGAGCAGUACGCCGAACUUACCAAGGACAAUAUUACUGAGCUCCAUGAAAUGAUCAAGCCUCAUUUCCUUCGGCGCACAAAGGCCAGGGUCUUGAAGUUCCUGCCACCAAUGGCACAAAUCAUCCUGCCGGUCUCCAUGUCAAUUGUGCAGGAGAAGCUCUGCAAGUCGAUCAUGGAGAGAAAUCCUGAGCUGAUUCGCGCAAUCUUUGCGAAUACCAAGCUAAAAUCUAACGAGCGCAGCAGUUUGAACAACAUUCUCAUGCAACUGCGGAAGUGUCUUGGUCACCCGUUCUUAUACAGCCAAGCUGUCGAAGACAAAACCGUGGACCAGGAGACCAUGCACCGCAACCUUGUUGAGGCUUCUGCCAAGUUCGUUCUCUUAGAGCAGAUGCUUCCGAAACUCCACGAGUGUGGCCAUCGCGUGUUGAUAUUUAGUCAGUUUCUUGGCAUGCUUGACAUCAUCGAGGACUUCCUCACAGGCAUGGGGUACAAAUACCGCCGCCUUGACGGAAACGUUUCCAGUCUUGAGAGACAGAAGCGCAUCGACGCAUUCAAUGAGCCAGGCUCUGAGUGCUUCGCUUUCCUUCUUUCAACCCGCGCUGGUGGCGUUGGGAUCAAUUUGGCAACUGCGGACACAGUCAUCAUCCUUGACCCUGACUUCAACCCACAUCAAGACCUGCAGGCUCUGUCGCGAGCCCAUCGCAUUGGUCAGAAGAACAAAGUUCUUUGCUUUCAACUCAUGACGAAGGGCAGUGUCGAGGAGAAGAUCAUGCAGAUUGGACGAAAGAAAAUGGCCCUGGAUCAUGCGUUGGUCGAGAGCAUGGAUGUCGAACACGAAAAGAGCCCUGAUGCCGGAGAGGAUCUCGAGUCCAUCCUUAAGCAUGGCGCAGAAGCCUUGUUUAACGAUGGCGAAAAAGAACAAAUCAAAUACGACGCCGCCGCUAUCGAUAAGCUGCUGGACAGGACCGCGAUUCAACCGACGAACCAGACUGAUCGGGAAGAGGGAGAAGCCAAGAAGCCUCAAUUCUCUUAUGCUCGCGUGUGGCAAAAUGAUUCUGGUGACCUGGCAACCGACUUACAGGUGGAAGAGAACCCUGAUGUCCCCAUGAGUGUGUGGGACGAGAUUCUCAAGCAACGAGAGGAUGAGGCGAAACGAAGAGCCGAGCUCAACAAGGAGGUCCUUGGUCGUGGUGGUAGACGACGUCAGGCUGUCAAGUACACCGGCGAGACCAUCUAUGGCCUUGAAGACCAGCCAGCUGGAGGUGCCACUGAGCCGAAGCUGGACUCUGAAAUUGACGAGGACUUCAUUAGCAGUGAACACUCUGACAGCGAUUCUGAUGACGGUAAAGUUGAUUCUGGUACAAACUUACAAGGACAGGCAAAGAAAGGUACAGCUCGCGCUCGAAGACCUCCUCCAAAGAAGCCAACCCCAAAGAAGCAGUCUAACAAGAACACCCCCCAGCCAUCCCCAUCGAAGCGGUCGACCCCUCGAAAGCCGCAGACGCCACAGAAAGCCGUGACACCUCAAAAGGGCCAGACUCCUCGAAGCACCAAGGCCCAGUCCCAGCGAAAAGGCCGCGCGGCCGCCCAAGAAAAUACGUCGACGGCGAAGUCAAGCAACGCAAAACAGACCCCAAGCCCAGAACCCAGCGCAAAGGCCCAGCCAACGUCGACACCCACCAAAAUCAAGGGCAAGAGCAAGACUCCGGCCGCGGAGGGCAGUCAGAGAGAGGACAAUCCGGACGAGCGAAUGCAGAGGGUAGACCAGCUCCACCACACAGAGACCCAAACUUCAUCGUUGUCGCGCCUCCCGUCCCCUCAGGCCCCGGUGGACCAGGACCCCAAUACGCAACUUCUUGGCGGGGAGUUAGUCAAGGUGUCCAGCAACCACAACAGCCCCGACCCGAUACCUAUGCCGCCCAACAAUACCUCCGGGCACAGCAGCCUCACGCCGCUGUCCCGUACACCCACCCCAAUUUUGGCCCCGGCCCCGAGCAGCACGGAGAGUACGGGCAAUACGUCGCCGUCUACGGAGCACACCCCAACAACCAGUACAGCCCUCAGCUCCCGUUGUCAUGCGCUCCAACGGAACAAGCUCAGGCUUGCCGAUGCCUCGAGAUCAAUCAAGAGCAAGCUCGACUUGUUCCCCCACAGGAAUCUGAAGAAGAUCCCUCAGGGUCCAACGAAUCGGCAUCUGAGGAAGAAUCUGAGUCGGAAUCGGAGGAAGAGGCACCUGGAUCCAAUGUGGGUUCUGAGCAAGAAGGUGGCAGCCCUUUUUGCGUCGCUGACCAACAUUGCGAACAAGCACGUCCUUGUUCCAUCGUCUAUCGGCCAGUUCUGA